AUUGAGCUUAGUGGGGAACACACGCUUUCUUUCUCGUUUGCUCUCAAACACCUUAAUAAUUGUUGGGUCAACCUUCCUCAAGCAGAAGAAAAGCCAUUACAACUCUCUGGUUCUCCAAAACAAGUCUCAGAAAGAUAGCGAUUCAGGUGCACUUUGUUCUAAGCCUUCCAUAAUCACUUCCUAUCGUUUUCUUUUUCAGUCUCUUCAUUUUCUGCUGUUUCAAUAUUAUUAAUAUUCUGGUAUUUUAUUAGUUUUGCUUUUAUUUUUGUCCUCCUAUUUCUAUCAUUUAUCUGUUUGCUUGAAGCUAGAUUUUUUAUCUUUCAGGUUUUUCUCUUUUAUAUUUGCUUGGCUAGACUUACUUCCUUAAACACACCCGAAACUCCCCACAAAACUCCACCAACCCCACCCCCGGCCCCCGGGGAGCACACACACACACACACAGAAAAAAGAAAAGAAGCCUUUUUUUCCCCUUAUUUUAAUUAUCCAAAAAUUACUCUCCUGCAGUUCUUUGUUGUCUGUGUUUUUCCUUUUCUUCUCCGUUUCCUUAAAGCUUUCUCUCCUGUAUAUUCAGCUUUAAACCAAAAAAAAAAAAGAUAAAAAAGCAAAAAAUUCCAAAAACAAAAACUUUUUUUUUAAUUUUAUUGUUUAAAAAAAAAAGACUUCUCCUAAAUUAGGUUUUGAUCUUACUGUUUCUCAUAUUUCUAGUUAAUUAUCCAAUAAUUACUCCUGAAGUUCUCUGGUCGCAAGAUUUUGUUCAUUGAGAGUUUGUCAGUGGCUUUACUUCUUUAUACCACAAAGAAGGGAAAGAUAAAAAGUAAAUUGCAAGAAAUACGUAAUGGCUGAACUGGCUACUGCAGCUGCUUCCAAAGCUGCAGAGAGGGUUACAGAGACAAUGUGUGAAUUUGGUUGUCGGCAUAUGAACUAUGUCUUUAAGUACCAGAGCUACAUGAAGAAGUUGAAGGAGCAAGCUGAGGACUUCAAAAGUAGAAGAAAAGAUGUGGAAGUACAAGCAAAAUUGGCUGAAAGACAAGGUGAAGAGAUUUAUGAUGAAGUUACUAAGUGGCUGAAGAGUGUGGAAGCGUUCAUGGAACGGGUAGCAAAGCUUGUUGAUGAUGAAGAUAAAGCAAAGAAGUGCUGUUUCAAAGGCUUGUGUCCUGUUUUGAUUAAACGUUACAGGCUCAGCAAAGAAGCAGAGGAGGUCAUGGAGGAAGGUGCCAAGGUCUUGGAAAAAGGAAAAUUCAGUAGAAUUUCAAACCCACCCCUUCAACGGAGCACGGAAUCCAUAUUCGUCGGUAAGGAGUACGAACACUUUGACUCAAGAGAGUCAAAUUUUCAGGAAAUUAUGGAUGCAUUGAAAGAUUCUACUGUUAAUAUGAUUGGAGUGCACGGGAUGGGUGGUGUGGGUAAAACCACACUGAUCAAAAAGGUUGCUUGGAAGGCCAAGGAAGAUAAGUUAUUUGAUGAGGUGGUGAUUGCUGAGGUAACACAAACUCCAGAUGUUAAAAAAAUUCAAGCCGACAUUGCUGGUCAAUUGGGCAUGGUAUUUAGGGACCAGGAGAGUCUGUUUGGAAGAGCUGAUCAAUUACAUCACAGGUUGAAGAAGUCCAAGAGAAUCCUUGUAAUAGUAGAUAACAUCUGGAAGAAGCUUGACCUGAAGGAUGUUGGAAUUCCUUUAAGCUAUGAUAAUAAAGGUAGCAUCACGGAACACAGGAAAGAAAGCAAUGAUGAGCCAGAGCGGUGCACAAUAUUGUUAACAGCUAGAAUGUUAGCUGUCCUAAAUCAAAUGAAAACUCAAAAGAAUAUAUCGGUUGAGCCUCUAGCUACUAAUGAUGCAAGGAGUUUGUUUGGGAAAAUUGUUGGUGAUUUAUCAGAAAAACACGGUAUAGCAGCGGAAAUAGUAGAAAAAUGUGCAGGGUCACCACUUGCAAUUACAACAAUUGCAAAUGCUUUGAAAGGAAAAAGUGAUUAUGUCUGGAAGGAUGCCCUACAUCAGUUAAAAAGUUAUAAUCAUAGAUGUGUUCCAGAAAUGGAUAACACUUUAUACUCAACUAUUGAAUUGAGUUACAAAUUGUUGAACAGUGAAGAAGCCAAAUCAUUACUUCUACUUUGUGCUCUAUAUAAUGAUGCGCAUGUCUCUCACUUCUUUUCAAGAAGUAUGGGGUUGGGUUUGUUUGAAAAUGUUUACUCAAUUAAUGAUGGAAGCAAUAGAAUAAAUUCACUGAUUGAUUAUCUCCGAGAUUCGUGUUUGUUGUUGAGAGGUAACGAUAACGAGAUAGUCAAAAUGCAUGAUGUUAUUCAUACUGUUGUUGUAUCAAUUGCCAAAGAGAAAUGUAUGUUUGAUAUUAGAGAUGUCAAGGGCAUUAAAGAUGUGUUGAUGGAGAGAAUGUACAAAGACUCGAUUGCAAUUUCUCUGUCUUAUACAGACACUCAUGAGCUUCCUGAAAGGGUAGAGUUUCCAAAACUAAAGUUAUUUGGUUAUUAUACUGUCAAAGAUCUUUGUUUACAAAUCCCAGACCACUUUUUCGAAGGAAUGAAAGAACUCAAAGCACUAGAAUUGGAAGGAGUUCAUUUAUUACCUCCACCACCAUCAUUUGUUUCCUUAACAAACCUUAAAGGAUUGUGUUUCUGCAAGUGCUCUUUGGGGGAUAUAACAAUGAUGGGAGAGCUAAGGAAAUUAGAGACUCUUGAAUUUCUAAGUUGUGAUUUUGAGCAGUUGCCUGAAAGAUUUAAACAACUGACGGGACUUAAGUUAUUACAAUUGAGCGAUUGUCCAAAGCUUAAAGUAAUCCCAUCAAAUGUCAUAGCCAGCUUGUCUCAAUUAGAAGAGCUAUAUAUAAAUAAUAGCUUUGAUCGAUGGGAAGUUGAAGGACAAAAUAACGCUAGUCUUGCAGAGUUGAAGGCAUUGCCUCAAUUGAACACUUUAUGGAUACAUAUCCCGAAUGUGCAGAUGAUACAACAAGACUUUAUUCCAGCGAACUUAGAAAAGUAUGAAGUACAUAUUGGAGAUGUAUGGGACUGGUCUUAUGCAUAUGAAACCUCGAGAACAUUGAAACUGAAGUUCAAUGGAAUCCCUCAUAUAAGGCAUGGGAUCGAAAUUUUGAUGGAGAAAGCUAAAUACCUCUAUCUAGAUCAGCUGGAUGGUGUUAAGGAUAUGCCUUGGGAACUUGACAGAGAAGGUUUCCCAGAAUUAAAGCAUCUCUCGGUACAAAAUAGUUCUGAAAUUUUGUAUAUUGUCAACUCAAUGGAGUACACUCAUCCUAAUGAUGCCUUUCCAAUCUUAGAGUCAAUGUUUCUUAUUAAUCUAAGUGAUAUGGAGAAGAUAUGUUGCGGCCUAGAUAAUGCAAAGUCUUUCAGCCAAUUAAGAAUAAUAAAAGUAGCUGAUUGUGACAAGUUGAGGUAUCUCUUCUCAUCCUCCAUGGCCAAAAACAUACUGCUGCUUGAAGAAAUCAAUGUAACUAAUUGCAAGACGCUGGAGGAGAUUUUUGGUGGAGAAAGUGAAGACCAUGCUGAUGAAAACAGAAAGGUUUGUAAGAUUGAGUUUAAACAAUUGCACUCUGUAGUACUACAAGUCCUACCGCAGUUCAUAUGUUUUGGCUUGGAGGUUGUGUUACCAAGAUUGGAGAACUUGAAACUGUCCUCAAUUAAGAUUGAGAACAUAUGGGUUAAUCUACUCCAACCAACGCCUUCCUAUAUUCAGUGCUUAAAAAGCUUAACAGUGGAAGAGUGUAACGGUUUGAAGUUUCUGUUUUCAUCUUCUAUGGUCAAAAGUUUUGUGCAACUCCAAAAGCUUGUGAUAUGCAACUGCAAGUCAAUGGAAGCAGUGAUAUUUGAGUCAAGAGAAUUAGAAGGAGCAAAUAAGAUAAUUCAAAUGAAUUUUCCUAAACUAUUCUACUUGAAGCUACAAGGGCUUCCAAAACUCACAAGAUUUGGCAUUGGAAAUCUAGUUCAAUUCCCUUCCCUUAAUGAACUUCACGUUGAGAGUUGCUCUAGUUUAAAGACAUUCUUUCCCAAUUCUUCUAGUGUAGACGUGAGCUUGGAGAACAGUCUUUCUACUAAUAUAGAGCCCCUGUUUGAUGACAAGCUGAUCUGGCACAAUCAACUCCGUGGAGACUCCUUUUGCAAAUUAAAAGAAGUGAGAUUCGAGUUUUGUAAAAAAUUGAUGACUAUUGUUCCAUCUGAUGGUCCUCAAGGACUAAUUACCUUUCAGAAUCUAGAAACAUUAACUGCUAAGAACUGUUGGUAUAUAAAAAGUCUGUUUCCAGUUUCUAUAGCCACUAGUCUUUUACAACUCAAAAAACUUGAGCUCUUCUCCUGUGGUUUGGAGGAAAUUGUUGCCGAGCAGGAAGUAGAUGGGACUCCAAAAUUUUUGUUUCCUCAAUUAACGAGGCUCAAACUUGAUAAUUUACCAAAGCUCAAACAUUUCUACAUGGGGUCCUAUACAGUGAAGUGGCCAAAGCUUAAGGAAUUGCUUGUGUACAAAUGUAGGAAGAUAAAAGUAUAUGCUUUAGAUGGACAGAGCCAACCUGCCCUAUUUUCGUUUGAAAAGGUCAUACCCAAUUUGGAAAUAUUGGGUUUAAGAGCUGAUAACUUAACAUCCUCAUGUCUCAACCGUAUUCCAGCUAGGAGCUUUGGGAAACUUAAAAUUCUUGGACUAGAUAGCUUUGAUGAUUAUUCAGUCGGGUUUCAAUUUGGUCUCCUUCAAAAAUUGCACAAUUUAGAAGAACUCGGUCUAUAUGAUUGUACAUUCCGAGAACUACUCCCAUAUGAAGGAUAUGCAGGGAAACAAAGUUCGCAAAUGGAAACAUUUCUCCAAAAUCUGCAAACUCUUAGAAUAUAUAGGUGUCAUUGUUUGACAUAUUUAAUGUCAUCCUCGGUCAUCUGCUUCAAAAGGAUUAAGAAUUUGGAAGUCUAUGGUUGUAAGGGGUUGGAAAAUAUAUUGUCAUUCUCAACGGCAACAACUCUUGUCCAUCUCACAACAAUCUCAGUAAUACAAUGUGAGUCAAUGACAAAGGUUAUAGAGACUGCGGUAGAUACAACAGAAGAGGAGAUUGUUUUUAGCCAGUUGAAAAUGUUGAAGCUUCAUUGUUUAAAAAGUCUUACAUGCUUCUACUACACCAAUUACACAUUCCGAUUCCCAUGCUUAGAACAAGUAAUUGUGAGUCAAUGCCCCAAUAUGAAGACUUUUUCUCAAGGAGGAGGCUUAAGCACACCAAAAUUAAAGAAGGUGCAACUAACAGAGACAAUCAAUGCAGAGUCUUUUUGGAAGGAUGACCUUAAUUCCACUAUCCAACACAUGUUUACAAAUAUGCUUGGUUUCAGCAACAUAGAGAAUCUAAAACUCUCUGAAUUCCCUGAAUUAGAAGAAAAAAUUUGGAAAUCUGAAGUUUCGGACGGCUUAUUUUAUAACUUAAAGUCACUGGUAUUGGACGCAUUUUUGGAAUCAUCAAGUGCAAUUCCAUCUCGUGUGUUAAGCAACUUAAAAAAUCUUGAAAUACUCGAAGUAAGAAGUUGUGAUUUGUUGACACAGGUGUUUGAUACAGAAAGUCCGCUAAAUGUUGAUGGACAUACUUCAAAGAGAAGUCAUCAAGAUGUUUUAAACUUGAAGAAUUUGAAGUCUCUUAAAGUGCACAAUUGUAAUGGAUUGAGAUAUAUAUUUACACCGUCCAUUAUCCUAGGCCUUGUUCAACUCCAAGAUAUAGAAGUAAAAAAUUGUGCUUUGAUAGAAGAAAUCAUCAGGAAAGAGGGAGAAAAUGAUUCUGAGAUUGAUAAAAUUUUUAUCCCACAACUCAACUCCAUUAGUCUUGAGUCAUUGCCAAACUUGACAAGAUUCUGUUCAGGAAUUAAUGGUUUGGCUUGUCCAUCCUUGAAAAGUAUUAGAGUGGCCAGAUGUCCAGAGAUUGAGACAUUUGUUUUCGCUGAUAUGAAUCUCCAAUCAAACCAUAUUGCACCUCUGUUCUGUGAUAAGGUUGCUUUUCCAAGAUUGGAGGAGAUGAUACUCUUACACCUGGGUAAGUUGCAGUUGAUAUGGCACAACCAACUCCUUGGAGAUUCUUUUUGCAAAUUAAAAGAAGUGAGAGUUGAAUUCUGUGAAAAUUUGAUGACUAUGGUUCCAUCUAAUAGUACUCAAGGACUUCUUACCUUUCAGAAUCUAGAAACAUUAACUGUUAAGAACUGUUGGAAUUUAAAAAGUCUGUUUCCAGUUUCCAUGGCUGCUAGUCUUUUGCAACUCAAAAAACUUGAGCUAUUCUCUUGUGGUUUGGAGAUAAUUGUUGCCAAGCAGAAAGUAAAUGGGACUCCAAAAUUUUUGUUUCCUCAAUUAACGAGGCUCAGACUUGACAAUUUACCAGAGCUCAAACAUUUCUACAUGGGGUCCUAUACAGCAGAGUGGCCAAUGCUUAAGGAAUUGCUUGUGUACAAAUGUUGGAAGAUAAAAGUAUAUGCUUUAGAUGGAGAGAGCCAACCUGCCCUAUUUUCGUUUGAAAAGGUCAUACCCAAUUUGGAAAUAUUGGGUUUAAAAGCCUAUAACUUAACAUCCUCAUGUCUUGACCGUAUUCCAACUAGGGGCUUUGGGAAACUUAAAAUUCUUGGACUGCAAAGCUUUGAUGAUUAUUCAAUAGGAUUUCAGUUUGGUCUCCUUCAAAAAUUGCACAAUUUGGAAGAACUUGGUCUAUAUUAUUGUACAUUCCAAGAACUACUCCCAUAUGAAGGAUGUACAAGCAAACAAAACUCCCAGAUCGAAACAUUUCUCCAAAAUCUUCAAACUCUGAGAAUAUGGAAUUGUCAUCAUUUGAGAUAUUUGAUGCCAUCCUCACACAUUUGGUUCAAGAACAUAAAGCAUUUGGAAGUCUAUAGUUGUAAUGGAUUGGUAAAAAUAUUAGCAUGCUCAGUAGUGAGAACUCUUGUCCAAAUCAAAACAAUCAAAAUCAAAAAAUGCAAGUUGGUAACAGAGGUUAUAACAACUGAGUAUGAAAUAGAGACAACAGAAGAGGAGAUUGUUUUCAACCAAUUGGAAACGUUGGAGUUUCAUUGUUUGAAAAGCCUUACAUGCUUUUGCUCAGCCAAUUACGCUUUCCGAUUCCCAUGCUUAGAACAAGUAAUUGUGAGUCAAUGCCCCAAUUUUAAGAUUUUUUCUCCUGGAGGUUUAAGCACACCAAAACUAAAGAAGGUAGAACUAACAAAGAAUAUUGAUGCAGAACAUAUUUGGAAGGGUGAUCUUAAUUCCACUAUCCAACACAUGUGUGAAGGUGUGUCUUAAACUUUUACUUGAAAGGCAUAAUUGCAAUUCAUUAAAGCAGGGUUGAUAUUUCAUUUCCUGGUAAGGGUCAAAAAUAGUCAUUUCAUGGUUUAGAUAUUUUUUUAUGUAUAAAAAAAACCAGAGUUAUUUGAGUCAGUAGAAUUCAAUGUGUUGAGCGUAUCGUCUUAAAUAGUUCGAGGAUACAUGAGCCUUUUUGGCUUUAAUAGCAGUCUUGCAAUACUGUGAAUAAGUCAUGGGCAUUCUUGGUUGUGAUAUUUUUAACCAAACAUAAAAAGGUAGCGUUUUACCUUGGUUGUUUUGCUUUUUGCGCAUUCGAUAAGUUCUUCUCUUUUGAGUUUAGUCUCUUUGAGUAUUGUCAAGGUUUUGUUUGGUUUCUCGGUUUGUCAAUUCUUGUUUGUCUAGUGAGAAGUUUCUGGCUCUCUUUACUAGUUCCUUCUUUGUUAGGAUUAAUGGUUUAUUAAUUUUGUCGAUUUGGACAAACUAUUGUAUAAAACUUUGUAUUUAGACAUUAUAUUAGUGGAUUGACUAAAAGACUAUCUCUGUCUUGGAUGUAGGAUUUCAUUUACGAAAUCUGAACCAAGUAAAUACUGUUGUGUUUUGA